AUGAUUGCAGAGAUCCUUCUUGUUCUCGCUGGUCACUCCUCUUCGUUGUUCCCUAAGGACCACAAUAUCCAUCCCGCCUUCGAGCCCCUGUUACAUCCCGGAGAACGUCAAUGCAUCGAAUCCCUCGGGCGAAUAGCCUUCAGAUACCAAAAGAUCAAGCAAAUCACACAAUCACUAUCCCGCUCACACUCACGCUAUAUCUGUGCACUGUGCUCCACGCUCAAUCAGAUCCUCAAGGAUGACUAUGAGGCCCAGGUCGUCGCCACAGAGGCCAAAGUCUUGAAACGAGAUUCCACCCUCGUCGCCGGCGGCUCAUUUGUGCCAGUAUCUUCCAUCCGGGCAGCUUUCGCAGAGUGGGACGCACCUUUCAUUGCCUUGGAGUCUCUUCUCACUCAGCUCCAAUCGCAGACGGAGUGGAAGCCUGGUCCGUUGAUAGACCUGUUACUUCUGCGUUCAUCUACAGGCACGCAUCGAAUAGCUUCCAUAAUGAAACGACUUUCCACGGCUGUUCAACGUGUCUGGAGGACACAGCUUAUUGCAUUCCUCGUCCAUGGCACUGUAUCUCCCACAGAGCCUAUUGCUUCCAAGGAUUUCACCCUGCUAGAAGGAUCAAUACCUUCAUGCGUCUCCGUGCAGUCGUCGAACUCGAUCACAUACGUCGGACGUGCCCUCGGAACUGUUAAGGCUGCAAAUUGGCAGGAGCAGCCACCGCGGAGUCUGGCAGUCGAGCACACUAAGCUUCUCGAAGGCGUCCUGGUCGAGGAUCAGCACGCAUUCGACCAAGUUAUAGCGCAGAUCAGAACCGACAUGAGCGAGUGGCUCUGGCUAAAUGUGCUCACGCAGAAGGACGUCGAGGACGCCGUCCAUUCAUUAGCGAAUUAUUUCCUCAUCCGCAAUGGAGAGUUCAGCCUAUCGUUGAUCACCGAGAUUGAAAGACUUAAGCUCUCUCGGCUGACCGCACGGUCAGGUCCAUCCACCAUGAUUCGGGAACAAGACUUGCAUCUCGCUCUACUUCGAGCAUCUCUCGGCACAACCGCACAAUACGACCCCUCUCUAUCACAUCUUCGCUUCCAUCUCCCCUCUGGCCCACUUCGACCUCUUCUCCCAUCCCUCGGCAGAUCCAGAAACAUGGCAGCUUCGAUCGGUAGCACCGACGGAGAAGAAACCACUUUCGACGAUCUCCUACUAGGAACACCGCUCCACCUUCUCUAUACAGUCGAAUGGCCGCUCGACCUCUUCCUCCAACCGGCCGACCUCCAAAUAUACGGCGCUCUGUUCUCCUAUCUUUCCUCUCUACGCAAAACUCACGCACAGAUACACAAAUGCUGGACUUCUCUCUCGAAUGCGCAACGAGCACGACGGCGGUGGACAGGACUAGGCGAAGGUGGGACGGAUGAGGAUUUAGAGGAUCGGAGAGGGUUACUCAGGUGUGGAUGGGGUGUGGUGAGGGUGAUGAGCUGGUUUCUGGACAACUUACUGUCCUAUGUCAUGACCGACGUCGUAGACUUCGAAUUUCGACGGCUCAACCGGCUUUUGGGACAGUCCAAAACGGACAGACAGACACCACGAGAACGCCAGCGAUCCGCUACGAUUACGGAACGAGACCAGGGCAGAGGUGCGGGUGUCCCACCGGUUGCAUCGCAGACGUCCGUUCAGGAUGCAGCUGCUGCAAGUUCGACGCCAGUGCUGGAUUUCACGACUCUGCGGUUGUUGCAUACGAGCUACCUGGAGCGCGUUCUGACGGGCAGCUUGCUCUCGAAUCCGACACUUACGGCCAUCAUACGGCCUAUAUUCGAAUUAUGUGAGCAGUUCGUGGCGCAGGUUGAACGGUGGGGAGGUGAUGUUCUGCCUGCGUUGCUGUUUGAGGGAAGCUUGUCGGAGGGUGGAAAUAGAGUAGGCGAGAUGGUGAAAGAACGGUGGGGUGUUGUGGCUGAGAUCAACGAGACCCUUCAGACUUUGCUGGAAACCUUCUACGAGCAACUUUCGCUCUCGACGUCUCAACAGACAUUUGCCGGACGUGGAGAUGCGUCCAGGUCUGUGCUCAGCACCACUAUCAACGCGUCACUCUUCGCACAGCAGACAACCACACGGCUGAAGGAUAAACGAUUGGAGGGUGAGGGUGAGGUGCGGCGGCAUGUCGAACGUUUGCUACUUCGUCUGGAUUUCAACGGAGAGUUUUCGAAGCGGAAGGUGGAGGCGUCUAUGGGAACUAGAGAGGAUAUUUUACGGCAGGGUGGCUUGGCGUAGCUUGUCUUUUUGUACGACUGUGUAUGUUGUUUGUAUCAUCGUCCGCGAACGUGCUGUUUGCUGUCGUGAAAUUGCGCCGAA